AUGGUGAUCGAAACCAAUUUAUCUGGUGGCAAAUCGACUGCUACCUCUGUGAACAAUGUCACUAAUAGUUCUGUUUCUCCGAAUUGGGUGCCUGUUCGCGAAGCACCUGUCUUCAGCCCCCGCAAGAUCAAAGUCGUGUGUGUCGGAGCAGGGUUCUCUGGGCUUAUGCUGGCAUACAAAUGGAAACACCACAAGUUGAAUGAAUUUAUCAACUUGACAAUCUAUGAAAAGAACCCUGAAGUGGGGGGCACUUGGUAUGAGAAUCGGUAUCCCGGUGUUGGCUGUGAUGUCCCAGCCCAUAUCUACACAUUUCCGUUCGAACCAAACCCCGACUGGUCGUCUUUCUAUGCAUCCGGGGCAGAAAUUUGGAAGUACAUCAAACAGACCACGAAGAAGCACCACCUUGAUGAGAGGGUAUCUUUCAACUCCAAAGUCGUUUCGACCUACUGGAACGACUUGACUGCAACCUGGAAAAUCAAAGUGGACAAGGGGGGUAGUGUCACUGAAUCAGAAGCGGAUGUCCUAAUCAAUGGCUCUGGUAUCUUGAAUCAGUGGCGCUGGCCAGAACUAGAAAGACUGCAUUCAUUCACUGGCACGCUUGUUCAUAGUGCCAACUGGAACCAAUCCCUGAAUUGGGAGGGCAAGAAUGUGGCUAUUAUUGGCAACGGGUCUUCUGCAAUUCAGAUGUUACCUGAGAUGCAGCCCAAGAGCCGCAGUAUUUUCACUUACAUACGCUCGCCUACCUGGAUCACGCCGAACUUUGCAGCACAGUUCACCCCAGAAGGGAAGAACUUCAGUUACUCGGAAGAACAAAAGAGAAAAUUCCGUGAAAAUCCAGAUGAGUUGUUCAAACUCAGAAAGAACAUUGAGCAUGAAUUCAACAAGUUCUUCUACACCCUGCUGGCAGACAGUCCCGAGCAGGCCGCUAUCGGUGAAUAUACCCGGAAACAAAUGCAAGAACGUCUCAAGAACAAUCCUGAACUUUGCGCCAAUCUUAUUCCUGAUUUCAAGGUUGGUUGUCGGCGCCUUUCGCCCGGAGAUGGGUACCUCGAGGCUCUGCAAGAACCUAACGUUAGUAUCGAAUACAACCCGAUCGAGAGAGUCACAGAAAGAGGCAUUGUUAGUGGAGGGUCCGAGAAAGAGUUCGAUAUCAUUGUUUGUGCUACGGGAUUUGAUGUCAGCUUUACUCCUCCUUGGGAUAUGGUUGGAAACCAUGGAAUAAAUCUCAGGGAUCAGUGGCAAGAUACACCAGAGGCCUACUUUGGCCUGUGCACCAAGAACAUGCCGAACUUCUUCAUCUUCAAUGGACCUAACUGUCCAGUGGCUCAUGGGAGUUUGUUAUCAGCUAUAAACUUUACGGCUGAUUGGGUUCUGAGAUGGUGCGAGAAGAUUGCAACCGAAGACAUCAGGUCCAUAGUUAUCAAUGAAGCAGCAAUGAACGACUACAAUGUUUACUCGCAGGAGUUCCACAAGAGGACUGUCUGGACAGGUGGCUGCCGUUCGUGGUUCAAAAACAACAAGGUGGAUGGGAAGGUCACAGCAAUGUAUGCUGGAAGUGUUCCACACUACAAGGAAAUCCUUGACAGUUUCCGGACCGAAGAUUUCGACAUCUCUUACAAUAGUCGAAACCGUUUCCGGUUUAUGGGUAAUGGGCUGACUCUUAGGGACGCUAGAGGUGAGGAUUUAGCUUAUUAUAUGGAAAAAUAA